AUGAGAAACAAUUUAACAUCGGCUUGCAAGAUUGAACAAACGAAGAGCUCGUCAAAAUUGAUCAAUUUUCUUACGAAACUAUGUUUAUUAUCUGACACCUCUUGUCCAAUUAUGAAUUUAACAACCAGUGAACCUGCUGUUUGUCAAACUGCUACCGAAAAUAUCAUUAAUCGUUCGCCGAAAUGCUUCGAAGGUCUCAGCUCUCCGAAUCUAACGGAUUGCAAUCAGAAAGUUUUCAUUCUUCGUCUAUUUCUAUUCCAUUGUUACAUAGACCGAUUGUUUUUCCCGACCGUCACAAGUUUAGUUGUUAUCGGCACUCUGCUGAACCUCUUUUCAUUAUGUUGUUUUCUCAAGAUGAAUAAGCGAAAUUCUCAAAAUGUUUAUCUUUCCGUCUUAUCCUUAUCGGAUACGAUUAAUCUACAUAUUAAUUUUACCAUUCCAUUAUUACGCGGAUGGUCCGAACAACUGGACUUGUUUUUCGAUUCAUCGAAGGUCCUGUGUCGAAUCAAUGGAUUUUUUACGGAGUUUUUCCUGAUCUUUCCAACAUGGAUUAUUGUUUUGCUAACCUGUGAACGAUUGAUAAGCAUCAUGUGGCCAUUGAAGUGUUAUUCGUUAUACACGCAUCGUCGUGCAAAAAUUUCCAUAAUUUUUUUAGCGUUUUUUAUUAUGAUCCUUUGUCUAUAUCGAUUUGUUGAUUUAAAAGGCAUCGAUCAAGUCAGCGUGUUUUCCAUAACAGCGUGUGACGAUCGAUGGCACAAAAGUCUCGACUUUAUCGUUAAAUCGAAUUUGAUCAUUUGGGCGAUUCUACCUGAAUGUUUAACAUUGAUCAUGAGUUUGAUUAUCAUUUACAAUAUUAAAUUAGCGACGCAAUUAUUCCAACCGUGUCAAUCGAAAGCGCGUCAGACAAAAUAUAAUCAAGCAAAUAAAACGGUUUUGUUAAUAUCGAUUUUAUUUAUAGUUUGUCACACGCCGACGGGCAUGGUAAUAACAUGGCAUCUAAUACACGGUACACAAGAUUACAUGACUUUGGAGUUCUUUAUCAUACUUGUCUCAAGGAAAUUUACUGUCAUUCUCUAUGAGAUAAGUCUAUGUUGUAAGUUUUUCAUCUACAAUCGAACGUUCCAAAACUUCAAGAAUAUCCUGCACACAUCACUAUCACGUUUUACACGUCAAUCAAAUUCGGCAAAAUUAGGCCGACCGGUAUUAGGCAUGAACUACGUGCGUAACCAACACGCGAAAACAUUUCAAUUCGGACAAAAUAAACGACAUCGGAACUACCUCGCCAAAGAAACCGAUAAUUUAGUUCGGCUUCAGAAGAGAAACUCCGGCAAAACUUCUACCAGUGCGUCACAGGGAAGUCGAGAUCAACAACAGCAGCAGCAGCAACAACAGCAACAGCAACAUAUGACUGUCCUGAUGAUGAAAAGUAAUGUUGAUAUUCAAGUUGCUCUGCUCGAUACGCCGAAUUUAUUACGACGUUUUACAACAGAUACAAAAGAAACAUCUAAUAAUCGAUUAUUAUGGCGAUGUAAGCCACAAACAACCUUAUAA